AAGCUGGAGGCGGCUGAGCCGUGGUUCAUGAACAUCUUUCACCCUUUCUGCGUCUUUGAUCUAGCCAAUAACCAGAUAUCCCGGUUCACCAACGAGCAGGGAUUGAAUAUCGCCAUGCUUAUAUCAAAGAAAGGCUGGGCCUGGGUUCGUUGAUUUCUCUUACAACAAAUUUCGCCGGUCGCCAACGGCCAUGCUGCAGCCUUUCGGGGUGCGCAGCUACAGGGACCUUGCCACCAUCAUUGACUGGGGCUUCGACUUUCAGAACAACCCGAUUGUCUGCGACUGCGACAUGUACGAUCUACUGAGCACGGGGCAAGAGCUGUUUAGCCUCAUUCAACGAGACUACUUCAACAUCACCUGCGUCAGUCCUCCAGAGCUGCGAGGAAUAGGGAUCUUCAAGUUACCCCUCGACAAGCUCGUGUGCAACGUCACCGACAGUUGCCCAGACAACUGCACGUGUCAGGACAGGCCGUCCAAGGGAUACGUUCACGUCGACUGCGCAGGCGCAGGACUGGACAAGCUCCCUGACGUCAUGCCGCUAGAGAAGCAGCUAAGCGUGACGCUGUCCAACAAUUCUAUUGAAGUCUUGGAGGCAAGAGACUACCUGGAGCGAGUGGUGAACCUCGAUCUCACCUUCAACGGCCUAAAGAACGUCGACCCUAAGACUACUCGAUUGUUUAAAAACAUCAGGAAGCUAGACCUCCGAGGUAACCAAAUCGCCUACUUGCCAGAAGACAUGCAGAUUCUGCCGGCAUCAGCGGUAGCUUUAGACCCUUACACACUGUCGUGCGACUGCAGGAUGUUGUGGUUCAGCUCGUGGAGGUUCUUGUCCAGCAGACGAGUGACGAGGGUGAUAACUCCUGUCCGCUUUCCAGAAGCGGUUAAUGUGUCGGACGUCGACAUUUUCUGCCUCCUGCAGGACGGAACGUAUAUCUCGAUGACGGAAGCGACGAAGGAGCGGCUGGCGUGCAUCAAGGAGUUGAUUCCUGUGUCACUCAUCAUUGCGGUUGCCGUCUUGGCUGCCUUCAUGCUGUGCGUAGUCACCCUGACGGCCAUCUUUCGCUACGAGAUUCUGGUCCUGUACCACGUGUUCAUGUCCGCUGUGGGCAAAGAGAGAACAUUCUGGGCCCAGAAGUAUAGACUGCGUCACACUGUUGUAUUCAAUGAUGUCGGGAACGGUGUAGAUAAUAACCUGCAGCAGCAGCAGCAGCAGCAGCAGCAGCAGCAGCAGCAGCAGCAUCAGCAGCAGCAACAACAACAACAGCGACACGAUGCCCACGGCUACACGCACGACGUCUUCAUCAGCUGCUCUGACAGCGACACGGACCUGGACUGGGUCAUCAACCGACUGCUCCCCAUGCUCGACCAGCGGGGUGUCAAGAGCUACCUGCUGGCACGUGACUGUCCUCCUGGUGUCGUCGCCGUCGACGAGGCUGUGAAGAACAUCCGCGACAGCCACGUGGUGCUGGUCGUGCUGUCGGCGGAGUACGCGGCCAGCGCCACCUGUCUCUUCCAGUUCUCGCAGGCCUACAACUUCACCCUGGGCCGCAGUGCCGGCGAGUCCGUCAAGAAGGACAGACGCCGGCUGCUGGUGCUGGAGGUGGACGGCGGCGCAAGGUACGGUCACGUGGGACAGCCACACCUCAAGCCAUGCUGAGGAUGAGGAUGACCCUCUGCGCCGACAACCCGAGAGACAUGGAGAGACUCGGUCAGACUUUUGAGAGGACGUAACAUUUAAAAUCCAAAAUAGAGAUGGUCAACAAUCGUUUUUGGACAUGUAGUAUUUAAAAAGUGUGUGUGUGUGUGUGAGACAGACAGACAGACAGACAGACAGACAGACAGACAGACAGACAGACAGACAGACAGACAGACAGACAGACAGACAGACAGACAGACAGACAGACAGACAGUGUUGGGGUAUGAGUGUGUGAGUAUAAGAGCCUUUGUCUGUGAAAGAAAUAAAGUUGGUUAUUAAAUAUAAAUGUAAGUAAAGUAAUACCAAAACUGAUAUUGAUGGUUAUACAAUGGAUAUGGUAUUCCGUCCCUGUCUGCCUGUGUGUCUGUCUACCUGCUUCUCCAGGUUUUAGUCCUUCACUAUGUUCUUCUACUGGAUUAUAAGAAAGUAUUCAAUGACUGUAAUUACAUAUUUUGCAAUUUUACCUAUUUCGGAAAGAUAAUCGGAUGUGUUUCUCAUCCCACAUCACGAAGAGUGAAACUGCUUUAAGUUUCGUAUAAACAGUCUAAGCUGAUGGGAAACAAGAUUGAAGAGGCUGAUAUUUCCUCGAUUUUCUUAAUUUCACUGUGGGAAUCUUUGAUUGUUAUUUGAUUAUUAUUCAAUAAAACCUCUGUGUGUGUGUGUGUGUGUGUGUGUGUGUGUGUGCACGUCAGUAAAUAUUAUAAUUUUGCAAACGGAGGAGCAUUCUUAGCUGUAUAUAAAAACAAAAUAAUCAUUGCUAUUUCCAGUU